AUGAUGGAAGCUGAUUGGCCUGGGAAGCUGUUCAUAGGAGGCCUCAGUAUCGAGACUAAUGAAAAGACUCUUGAAGUUGUAUUUGGGAAAUAUGGUCCCAUAGUGGAAGUUAUUUUGAUGAAGGAUCGGGAAACAAAGAAGUCCAGAGGCUUUGCUUUUAUCACUUUUGAGAGCCCUGCUGAUGCUAAGGAUGCUGCCAAAGAUAUGAAUGGAAAGUCGUUGGAUGGAAAAGCAAUUAAAGUAGAGCGAGCCAACAAACCAUCUUUUGAAAGUGGUGGUAGACAGAAACCACCACCUCCUCCAAGAAGCAGAGGCCAUUCAAAAAGUGCAAGCUGUGGAAGAGGAGGAAGUGGGGGAGUGAGAGUGCGUCCCUCACGUGGAGGACACUUGGAUGAUCGUGAAUAUGUUAAUCUCAACAUGAGUUCUUCCAGGGGACCCUUCCCAGUUAAAAGAGGUUCAUCUUCAAGAAGUGGAGGUCCUCCUCCAAAAAAAUCUGCUCCUUCUGCCCCAGGACGUAGCAGUAGAGGGAUUGGAGGAAGAGGUCCAUUGUCCCAUGGAAGAGAAAACUAUGGAGGUCCUUCACGCAGAGAGCCGGUCUCUUCCCGGAGAGAUGACUAUAUGUCACCAAGAGAUGAUGGUUACAAUACUAAAGAUAGUUACUCGAGCAGAGAUUAUCCAAGUUCCCGGGACACCAAGGAUUAUUCUCCAUCACCUAGAAACUAUGCAUACUGUUACUAUGGCCGUUCAAGUUCUCGGGAUGAACAUUACUCUAGAGGAUAUAGUGAUCGUGAUAGCUAUGGUGGAGGUCGUGAGAGAGGUUAUUCUGAACAUUCAAGUGGAGGCUCUUACAGAGAAUCAUAGAGUUACAGUAGCUCCCGUGGUGCACCACCAGCACGAGGACCUCCUCUAACUUACGGUGGAAGCAGUCGCUAUGAUGGUUGUAGCUGCACACGUGAUGGAUACGGUGGAAGUAGAGAAAGUUACUCAAGCAGCCGGAAUGAUCUCUAUUUAAGUGGUCGUGAGCAUGGUGGCAGGCAGGAACGAGGGUUUCCACCUUCCAUGGAUAGGGUGUACCCUGCUCUUCGUGAAUCAUAUGGUAGCUCAAGUUAUGGGGGUUCCAGAGGUGGUCGUGGGGGAAACCGAUCUGAAAGAGGAGGCCGUAGCAAAUACUAAAAAUAAGUUAUG